AUGGCGUCGUCCAAUACCGUCACCACAGCCUAUCUGCUAGGGAACAUCCACUGCCCAUCAUGCGUGACUCUCAUCAAGACUCUUCUGCAGGAGGCAUUCGGUGACAAGAUUGUUUGGGUCUCACCAAAUCUUGUGACGUCCAUUGUGACAGUUGAGCAUGUCGACCACUCACCCGAAUUCGUGCGCGCUAUUGGCAUGACGCUCUCAAAUGUCGGGUUUGAGAUUUGUGGAGUCGAUACCAACGCCUCUGGCGCCGAGGAUUUGAACGACAAUUCUCGAGGGGAUAUGGCUGACAGCGGUGGCAUCUUUGAGAGCUGGUCCAGUCUUUGGGCCCAGAAGCAGCCGGCGCCAGUCCCCGAGACCGUCAAGGCUGCUCAUCUGGAAAACUGCGAGGCCUGCAAAGAACACAAACCACAUGGUGCAGAGGAUGGUAGCAGCGUUGACUAUAAGCUCAAGUCCUCAAUCUCGUCGAAUAGCCUGCGAAAAGAACCGCUGGUCGACACGGUACCGCUCGAUGGCGUGGUCACAGGCGACGGAAACCAGCCCCCUUCAUGGCGAGCGACAUUAUCUAUUGGCGGAAUGACCUGUGCGGCUUGUGUUACCACCAUAACGAAUGAGUUGCAGAAGCUUUCCUGGGUUUUGAAAGUCGCUGUUAACCUUGUCGGAAACAGCGCCACAAUCGAUUUUGUGGGUGCGGAUAGAGAAAGGGAUCUGAUUGAGGCGAUUGAGGACAUUGGAUAUGACGCGGCCCUAGAUGCAGUGGUUAAUCUGAACAAGAAAAAGUCUUCAUCAGACGAACGACAUGUGGAGAUUAGAGUCGAUGGUAUCUUUUGUCCGCGGUGCCCUCAGAGAAUCAACCAGACUUUGAAGAGCUUCGGCGCCCACAGUGUACAGGUUCUGGCUCUCCCGUCUAUGGAACAUCCCAUAUUGAAACUACGCUAUAUCCCAAACUCGCCGCAGUUUACAAUCCGGCAUAUCAUUAGAAGCAUCGAGGCCACAGAUCCAUCUCUCCAAGCAAAAAUCUACCAUCCGCCGACGCUCGAAGAGAGAUCUAGAGCCAUCAGGGCAAAGCACACCCGCCAACUUUUCUACCGCGAGAUGCUGACACUUGUCCUCGCCAUUCCGACAUUUGUGCUUGGUAUAAUCUACAUGAGCCUUGUGCCAGACUCCAAUUCUACCAAGCAUUUUCUAAUGAAGCCAUGGGCAUCUGGCCUCAGUCGCGUAGAGAUUAUACUUUGCCUACUUGCCACACCGGUGUACUUUUUUGCGGCGGAUGUCUUCCAUGUCCGCGCCAUCAAGGAGCUGAGGACGCUAUGGCGGCCCAGCAGCCGGACACCUUUCCUGCAGCGAUUCUAUAAGUUUGGCAGUAUGAACAUGCUCAUGUCACUGGGAACUAGCAUUGCUUAUUGGUCUUCCAUUGGUCAAAUGAUUGCAGCAGGGGCUGAUGGCGAUGCCGACAUUCCUGAAGAUCGGUUUUACUUCGACUCUGUAGUCUUUCUGACCCUUUUCCUUCUCGCUGGCCGACUGAUUGAAGCGUACAGCAAAUCCAAGGCAGGCAACGCUGUUGAAGCUUUGGCCAAGCUACGGCCAACCACCGCUCUUCUGGUAGAGCAAGAUAAGUUGAAAGGCCAAGUUACUACGACCAUAGAUAUGGACCAGUUGGAACAUGGCGAUAUUAUCCGAGUGCCCCACGGCUCAUCGCCCCCGGUUGACGGUAUAAUCUUGGAUGGCGAAACAACUUUUGACGAAUCGAGUCUUACCGGUGAAUCACGCCCCAUCAAGAAGGGACAAGGAGACGAAGUAUUCGCAGGUACCGUCAACAAGGGAUCCGCAGUAGUCGUCAAGGUGACUGGAACCUCUGGCAAGUCCAUGCUUGAUCAGAUCGUCGAGGUGGUCAGAGAAGGGCAAGCUAAAAGAGCGCCGAUGGAACAAAUAGCUGAUCUUCUGACAUCCUACUUCGUCCCGGUGGUAACCCUCGUAGCCAUCAUCACAUGGGCUGUCUGGAUGGCUCUCUGCUUUACCCACAAAGUUGACAGCGACGAACUGAACACAUCGGGCGGCUCGACUUCCUUUGCUUUCCAGUUUGCCAUUGCCGUGUUUGUUGUGGCAUGCCCGUGCGGAUUAGGUCUGGCUGCCCCAACGGCCAUUUUCGUCGGAGGAGGCCUCGCAGCCAAGCAUGGCAUUCUUGUCAAGGGUGGUGGCGAGGCCUUUGAGAAAGCUAGCAAGGUGGGCUGCGUGGUCUUUGACAAGACAGGGACUCUCACCGUGGGAGGCGAGCCUCAAAUCACGGACUCUGCUCUAUUCCCUGACGGCACUAGUGACGGGAUCAAUGAACGGGUUCUGCUCUCUGCUGUAAAAGCUACAGAGGAAAAUAGCAGCCAUCCCAUAGCAAAGGCCAUUGUUGCCUUUUGCAAGACUGGUGCAGAUCAAGUUGAGCUGGAGCAAAUCGAAGAGUUACCGGGCAAGGGCAUCAGAGCAAGUUGCAAGAACCAACCAUUUGACAUUGCGGUGGGUAACGAGGGUCUCAUGAGAGACCUUUCUGCCUCUCUGUCUGCUCAUGUCCAGAGCCUGCUGAAUACGUGGAAGACGGAGGCCAAGUCGGUUGCUCUUGUUGCGACGAAGCUACGCAACGGUGGUAAUUGGACAGUCUCAGCUGCGUUCUCAAUUUCUGACCCCAUCCGUGAAGAGACGCUGUCCGUGCUUGAGGCGUUGCAAAAGAGUGGCGUGGAAGUUUGGAUGCUGUCAGGCGACAAUGUGACCACUGCGCAGGCCGUAGCUCAGAGGGUGGGCAUUCCUCCCACCAACGUGCUUGCUGAGGUUUUGCCGUCCGAAAAGGCGGCCAAGAUUAGCUAUCUCCAAGCCUCGAUGCACAACAGCGGCCGCCGUGCCAUGGUGGCCAUGGUGGGAGAUGGCAUCAACGACUCGCCGGCCCUCACGACAGCGGAUGUCGGCAUUGCCAUUGGGUCUGGCAGCGACGUGGCUAUUUCGAGCGCUGACUUUGUGCUAGCCACGUCAAACCUCCACUCGGUGCUGACGCUUCUGGAUCUCAGCCGCGUCGUGUUCCGCCGCAUCAAGCUCAACUUUGGCUGGGCGGCGGUGUACAACGUGUGCGCCAUUCCUAUUGCCGCUGGAUGCCUCUACGCUGUCACGACCUCGAGCGGCUCGCACGUCAAGUUGGAUCCUGUGUGGGCGUCGCUGGCCAUGGCCCUGUCGAGUAUCAGCGUGGUGCUGAGCAGUCUGAGCAUGAGGACGAAGAUUCCAUGGCUAGGAUUUCGUAAUAAGCAGGUCGUGUAA